ACCGGCUGGGCGGAGCCGACGCGGGAUCCGGGUGGUUGCGGGCGGCGGCGACGCGGGCGUUGGCGACGUCGGCAGCAACGGCUGCUACGGGGUCGCGGUCGGGGCCAGGCUGCAGAAAGUUCGGAGGCGGAACGCCCGCAGGCAGCAGCGUCCACGCGAGGCGACCCCCUCGGAGGGAGCGCACGCCGCCCCCGCACCUCCUUGUCCCAGCAGGGCUCCAGCCCUCCCCUCCAGGAGGCUCCCCACCAAAUGGCAUCUGCUGGAGACCCCCCGACAGGCCCUCGGGAUGCAGCGGACCAGAACUUCGACUACAUGUUCAAGCUGCUGCUCAUUGGCAAUAGCAGUGUAGGCAAGACGUCCUUCCUGUUCCGCUACGCAGACGACUCCUUCACGCCCGCCUUCGUCAGCACUGUGGGCAUUGACUUCAAGGUCAAGACGGUCUAUCGCCACGACAAGAGGAUCAAGCUGCAGAUCUGGGACACGGCGGGCCAGGAGCGCUACCGUACAAUCACCACGGCCUACUACCGCGGAGCUAUGGGCUUCCUGCUCAUGUAUGACGUCGCCAACCAAGAGUCCUUCACUGCUGUGCAGGACUGGGCCACACAGAUCAAGACCUACUCUUGGGACAAUGCUCAGGUCAUCCUCGUGGGGAACAAGUGCGACCUGGAGGAUGAGCGUGUCGUGCCAGCAGAGGAUGGCCGGAGGCUCGCUGAUGAUCUUGGUUUCGAGUUUUUUGAGGCCAGCGCGAAGGAGAACAUCAAUGUGAAACAGGUCUUUGAGCGCCUGGUGGACAUCAUCUGCGAGAAGAUGAAUGAGUCCCUGGAACCCAGCUCCAGCCCCGGCAGCAAUGGGAAAGGCCCCGCUCUGGGGGACACCCCACCCCCUCAGCCUGGCGGCUGCAGCUGCUAAACACAGUCCCUGUCUCCAGCCCACCCCCUCCUGCCUCAGCAAGAACUGUGACCGAGGCGGGAGCCACAAGGGCUGCUCCCAAGCUCAGGGCGCCCCCUCCCCUCUGCCAGCUGCCCCUGACUCCCGCAGGGUUCAUUCUCUUGCUGUGGCCACCAGCCCACCCAAGCAGCCGCUUUCAUGGGCUCCAGCCCCUGGGGGCUCUGCAUUGCAGGCAGGGCCUGGGGAUGUUGACAUGCAGGAGUGUGCUGCUUUCCAGGCAUUUGAACUGGAGGAGGGAGAAGCAUGCCCCACCCCACCUGGUGGAGGGGCCCCCGCAGUGCCUUCUGGGUCAGAACCAUUGUCCCGGUCCAUUCCGAGUUGGGCCCUGCCUGGUGUUCACUGGCUGGCCAGAGAUGGUUCGUCUAUCUCCGCAUGCAGUGUGGGUCCUCAGAGUUCAUCUGUGGAGAUGUGGAAGGUGGCUUCCUUCCCGGCGUCCCCUGGUCUGCCCCCAAGCCUGCCUGUGAAUGUCCUCAGCCCUCAAGGCCCCAAGGCAGUUGGUUUGGCCCAUGCAGACCCCUUCCUGCUGGCCUGCAGGUCUUCUGCCUGUGAACACAGUAUUAAAGCAGCUCCCGUUGUAAAGAGACAGGGAGUCAGAGCCCCCUGGCUUCAGAGACCCCAGAAGUGCCUUCUGAGCUUCCCCAGAAUCCCACAUCACCCACGGCGCUGCUACGUCGUGGCUGACCCACCGCGUCUCUGAUUCGGGAUUGAAUUCUGCAGCAGUGGGCCACAUCAAGCCAGGCAGAGACACGCCAAGCCCCUGGGGUGUGCCUGCUUUGGGCUUUUUUGAUAGGAGUUAACCUUAGCCAGGCCCUGUUUGGCUGGUGAUGUGUUAAGCAAGAUCUGUCCACAUCUUACAUCCUGCUAGAAAAGGAAAUUGAGCAACGUUCCCAUAGCCGGCACUCGCUGACGACUUUCUAACGUAAGAACACAGGCUCUGAGGACCCUUGAAGACCCAGGGUCUGUUUCCCAAGCCAUGUCAUCGGUGAUGUGACAUUGUCUGUUAAUGAGGGAGUCACUCAAGGAAUUCUUUGGGUUGGGCCAGGAGAGCCUAGAAGGCAGGGUUGUGUAUGGAUACAGGUUGGGAGGGGCAGACUGGAGGGGGCUGGGCUGCGGAUCCGUCUCUGCGGUUGAGGCACUGUUGGGGAGCCCAUGAGGCUGGGGUCCCCAAUGCCAGGGCUUCUGUUGGGAGAUAAAUGCAGUUUGAGGACCUACAUCUUAACCACCUACUUGGCUCAGCAGCCUUUCCUGCGAACUGAAGUCUAAACCCCAGCAGCAUGGCGCCUCUUUCUGCCCCAGAACACAAACUGACACCCCGUAACUCGACAGACACUAUGGGGGUGGCCUCAAAGGAUGGUUUGUGUUCCCAGUUCUGUUCUAGCCCCUGCCAUGAAAACAAGUUAAGUAGCCUUAAAGAUCUCAGCCAGCUAGUGGGAGUGGGGAAGGUCAGAUUCAAGUUUAAUGUUGCUCUUACCUGUACAGAUUGAAUUUAUUUCUAGAGGACCCCAUUUACCUCCUACCAGGGGCUGCCCUUAGAGCUUCAGCGUGAGAAUAUCUUUGUAUGCCAACAGAUAAGAUGACAGUGGUGAAAUGGACCAGUUUCUGGAGACACCCUGCAUGAGAGUAUCUGAACGUUUGGGGCAGGAGUCAAAAAUGUGCAUUGCCUUAACAUAAAAGAAAUUAAAACACCUGUAAAGAGGCUUCUUAAGUGCACCAUGUGCUGUCAAUUCUGUUGACCUGUCCAUUUUCCUUAAGCUCCUGCCAGAAAAAAUGGUGGAUCAGAUACCCUUAUCUGAUGGAUAAGCUGAUGCCUCAUCACCAAACAGUAAAAAACAGCUUUGGAUGUAUCCUGUACCUGACCUGGUCUGAGCUUUCUGUGUGCACAGAUUUCAACAGUUCAGCUUUAAGUAGCAAUCAAGACAGCUACCUCUGGGUUUUCUCAAGAAUGGGAAUAACACAGGAGAAUAUUUUGGUACUUUCUAAAAAUAAUAUGAGAUUUUAUUUUAUGUUUUGCUGGGAGAUUUAUCUCGUGGUGGCCUCUGAGGAACUGAAACUAGCAUCCUCGAAAUCGGAGGGAUGGAGGUUUGUUGAGUUUACAAACAAAAAUUGAACCAAAGGCCAUGGGAAAACCGCUUCCAAACUCCAGGGAGAUUCCUCUGUGCUGCUUUUCUUUUCCUACCAUUUGUUUUUAGCAACCUGACCUUCCACAGUUUCAGUGGGAAAUCGCCAUGACCAUGGCUUGGGGUUUGGGUCUGAUUUUUUUACAUUUCUUCUUUCUUUGGCUUCUCUGGGGAUCAUAUUCUUAUGUCUCUGCUUCCUACUCCACUUAAAAAAAAAUGAGUAAGGGUCUUCAAAAUUUGGUGUCAGUGUUGGAGCGCCAAUUCUGCUUCUGGCUUCUCAACGAUCCCCAAACACACUACGGAAUGAAUUCUCCACCUAGUCAUUUAGCUCCCGGAUGUAGUUCUCCCGUGUAGGCAAUUCUUUGAUGUCUACUUGGAAAGACAUGCACUUUUCUCCACAAGAAUAAAUAAAUAAAUAAAGCUGUUAUGCCCAGA